GAAAUGCCAGGAAAAUCAUAAUACAGGAAAAAUGUAGUGUAAAAAAAUAAAAUGUUCGUCGGAUAUGUCUGCGAAAUAAAAAGAGAAAAGGAAAAUGAGUGCGGCGAUGCCAUGGCCGCAGUAACGAACGACUAAUCUUCGCAGUAAACUGAUCAACAAGAGAGCUCCAAUGUAUUAUCAGGAAGAACUGUCAUCUCCACAGUCGUGUUUUGUUUUCAUUUUCUUGUUUUACGACUCCAUUUCUCCACUAUGGCGUGCACUUUCCUUCGCAUUGUUCAGGCAGCCGUGAAUCUAAGGAGGAGGUUUGAGUGCGCGAUCCAGUCCUCGUUCGAAUCCGUUGAAAGCGGCGAGGGAUUAGAUAGACACGGUGAUCAGGAGGGCACCGAAGAAAAUGGGCAAUCUCAACCCUGUGAACAGGAUAUGAGCACAAGUGAACAGCUCUCUCGAAACUUCCAACUGUCAUUCACUGACCCUGACGAAGAUACUGAUAACACAUUAGGUGAUAAGGCCAAGAAAGAAGACAACAUGACAUUCAUUCGUUCAGACGAAGCUACCGACGAAAAAGAAAACGGCGCUUAUAUGGACGCCGUUGCAUCCAGCUCGAUUGAAAUUCUCGAAGAAAACGAGUUUGAUUUCGAUCUCACAGAAAGUGGGAAGAGCGAGGAGUUUACAGAAAACGGGCACGGUAGUGUGAGUGCGGGAACUAUAAGAAAAGUAGAUGUCGUUCAGAAAAAGACGGUAGUGCAGGUAAAUGAGGUUAGUGGUUCAGAUAAAAGUAGUGACAGUGACAGUAGUAGCGAGAGUCGGUGUAGCAUCAAAUCGGUAAGACUGCGAUCUGCCGAUGCGGUUUCGCCGUCGAGUGGCUGCAAACCGGCCAAGCUAAUUAGAAGUGACGCCUUAGAAACAAAUGCGGAAAAGGAAGCGAGUAAUCUCCAGUGGGUCAUUUACGUGAAAGAAUCCGGUAGUGAAUUAGUGAAGAAGGAAGGGGAGAAGGAGAAUGAAGGAAGCAGUAGCACAGAGAGCGAUAGCCAGAAAACGGAGUACCUGGGUUAUUCCGAGUGGCUCCAGAAGGGCAAGGGCGAAGGGAGCGCGGAGGGCGGGAGUACCUCGGGGAGCAGCGAAGCCUCCCCCGAACAGGUUUCCGACGCGUCCGACCCCGACUCCGAGAGCUUCCUCGACGACGAUGACGAGUUCAUGGUAGAGGCUUCCUUUGAGGAUUCUUUUGUCGACGAUGGUUUCGUAAGUUUGGAACUGGACGAGUACGAUGAUGACGUCAUUAUCGAAGAAAACGAAGAGGAUUUGGAGAGAGAGCGUUUGGAGGAACUCAUGCUCGAGCAGAGAAGAAGGUUCUUCGCUGAGGGGCCUGGCCGUGGCGAGCCAUCAGAACACAGGAAGCUCAGCCGGCAGUACAGCCCUGCCGUUUACCUCACCGAACCGCUCCCAGGCAUACCCGAGUCCAAGAUCGUUCAAGAGGGCUCAGAGGACGGCGGGAGUGGUCGCUUGCGGUACACUUCAUCAUAUAGGUAA